AGCGAAGAGGAUGGAGACGAUGCAGCGAAUGCAAGUAUGAAGGCAAUGGAAGACAUGUUUUUUUCUUCUCACCAUCUCGAAGGUCAGCAAGAUGAUCAAGAAGACGGUAACAACCUUGGAGCAGAUGCCGAGUCAGAAGGACAGCCACUCCCACCAGAACAAGAUGAUCUUGAAGAUGCUGAUGCAGCUACCUCUACUUCGAUGGAUAUUAAUAAAGCAACUACAGAAGAUGCAGAAGAUGCGAGUUGUACCUCCGAAGUCAUGAAGAAGAAGGGUGAGAAGAGUCUUUUGGUUCCGGG